ACAUGGCUCUUGGUUUGGAUGAAAACUUCAGUUCACAGAGAAACUCAAUGGGAAGGUGAACGCUAACCAUGAAGCUCCUGUGAAAAGUCCCAAAGUAUUUGGAGUAAAGCUGCUUUUUUUUAUUACACUUGGUCGAAAAAUAUUCAUUGAGCUCAAGAUGAUGUCGGACGCCAGCGAUAUGUUGGCAGCAGCCUUGGAGCAGAUGGAUGGGAUCAUAGCAGGCUCUAAGGCCAUGGACUACAAUAACGGGCUGUUUGACUGCCAGUCGCCCACUUCACCUUUCCUGGGGGGCCUCCGGGUGCUGCACCUGCUGGAGGACCUGCGCGGGAUGCUGGAGCUCAUGGACAACGAGGAAAAGGACAACCUGCGCUGUCAGAUUCCUGACACCACUGCAGAGGGGGUGGCAGAGUGGCUGCAGGGACGAUUGACUAACGGUCACGGCUCAGAAGUAAUCUACCAAGAACGUCUGUCACGAGUGGAGAGUGACAAAGAGUGUCUUAUUCUUCAGGUCAGUGUUCUCUCGGAUCAGGUGGAGGUGCAGGGUGAAAAGAUACGGGACCUGGAAAACUGCCUCGAUCAUCAUCAGGAGAAACUAAAUGCUACUGAAGAGCUGCUGCAACAUGAACUGUUGACCCGGUCCACUCUGGAGACGCAGAAGCUGGAGCUGAUGACGGAGGUGUCCAGUCUGAAUCUGAAGCUGACGGCUGUGGAGAGAGACCACAGGGAGAAUGAGGGCUUGUACCAGGAAGUAACGGACCUGCGGUUCAGGGUGACUGACAUAGAGAAUGACAGACUGCAGUGUGAGAAGAAACUCAAAGCUACCAAAGAGGAGCUGCUGCUGCUGCAGACGCAGCUGGAGGAGCGAGAGGCGGAGCUGAGGAUGCUGAAGGAGGAGAGCAGGCUGAAGAUGGAGAGCCACAACAGAGCGGAGGGAGGAGAGGGAGACACUGAAGUGUUGAACAUGAAGAGGGUGUUGGGGUCACUGGCGUCGGCCAACGAUGUGAAGGAACGAAGGAUAAAGGAGCUGGAGGAGUCCCUCACAAAGAGCAAGAAAGUGCAGGAGCUGAUCAUAGAGACACUGAGGGAAGAUGACUACGACGAUAUCGCAGAUGAUCCCUCGGUCUCUGUUUCCAUGGAGGUGGAUCAGGACUCGCUGGCGUUGGGACGGGAGGCAGGAAGAAGCUCUGGAGAGUCCAUCCCUUGUAUAGCAGUCCUGUCUGAGAUGAAUGAUCUGGACAGAGAGCGACAGCUACAGGCGGCCCACAGUUCCUCAGACAUCCCACAGCCGGACAGCUCGGCCUUCAGCAGCGAGCAGGCCAAAAACAAAGCAGCCCUGGGUUCCUCGUCUCCCAUCAGAGCCGGUGAUGAGACCUUCGGCUCGAAGAAGGCCCGCUCCUCUUUCGGCCGCAGCUUCUUCAAACUGCGAGGAGGCAAACAGACCGCCAGCUCUCCAAACCUGGCUGAGACGGAACGUAAAGGCACGGAUCAUCUGGACCUGGCCGGCGUUCCUCCUAAAAAACCUCAGGAUGCUCUUCCCUGCUCACCUGAAACCAAGAAGAAGUCCAAGGGCUUCAUGAAGUUCUUCGGCAGACUAAAGCGCAGUCACUCUACGUCCUUCAACCUGGAUGAUGCAGAGACGGAGUUCAGGAGGGGGGGGGUCCGAGCCACCGCCGGCCCGAGGCUGGGCUGGUCCCGCGAGUCCAAACACAGUGCUGUGGACGUCCCCUUCUCCCGCUGGAGCAGAGAGGACGUGUGUGCCUGGCUCCAUGAGCAGGGCCUCGGGCUGUAUGUGGCCCCGGGGCAGAGCUGGAUCAAAUCAGGACAGACACUACUGCGGGCUUCACAGCACGACCUGGAGAAGGAGCUGUGCAUGAAGCAGCCUCUCCACAGGAAGAAGCUGCAGCUGGCUCUGCAGGCUCUGGCCUCCGAGGAGGACUACCUCAAAUGCAGACUGGACUACAACUGGGUGACCAGGUGGCUGGACGACAUCGGCCUCCCGCAGUACAAAAGUCACUUUGAUGAGGCUCGUGUUGACGGCUGCAUGCUGCACUACAUGACAGUGGAGGACUUGCUGUCUCUGAAGGUGGGCAGUGUCCUCCAUCACCUCAGCAUCAAGAGGGCCAUCCAGGUCCUCCGCCUCAACGGCUACGCCCCCAACUGUCUGAGGAGACGGCCCUCUGAUGAGAACAACAUGACGCCAGCAGAGAUCUCCCAGUGGACCAACCACAGGGUGAUGGAGUGGCUGCGCUCCGUGGAUCUGGCCGAAUACGCCCCGAAUCUGAGGGGCAGCGGUGUUCACGGAGGACUGAUGGUGUUGGAGCCGCGCUUCAACGUGGAGGCGCUCGCCCUGCUGCUCAACAUCCCCUCCAACAAAACCCUGCUGAGGCGCCACCUGGCCACUCACUUCCACCUGCUCAUCGGCUCCGAGGCGCAGAGACUCAAACAGGACUGUCUGGAGAACCCCGACUACUGCGUGCUCACCGCCACCACCAAGGUCAAGCCUAGACACCUGUCAUUCGGGGGUUUCGGCACUUUGAGGAAGAAACGCCAUGACGAUGGCGAGGAGUACGUGUGCCCCAUGAACGUGGAAAUGCCAAAGAGCAGCAGCUUCCAGGUGGGGGGCCAGAUCUACGAGGAGCCCCUCAACCACCUGGAGCAGAUGGAAGACUCUGAAGGGACCGUGAGACAGAUCGGAGAGUUUUCUGAGGAAAUCAACAAUCUGACGAGCAUGCUGAAGGAAGACGAGUUCUUUCACGAGAUAUCUGUCGACGCAGCAGAACACGAUCACAUCUCCGGUGUUUGAUGGAGACGCUUUGUUAGAAAAGAUCAAACUGUGCCAACCAGAAUCUAAACCCCUCCACCUCCCCCCACCCACCUUUGUAGUAGACAUGCUAGACCUCCACCCUGACAUUAUUCUCAUCCUUCAGAAGUGCAGCCAUAUCUUUUAUUACAAUAUAUAUAUUUAUUAAACAUAUAAUGCAUGAAGUGAAAAUGCCAAUGUAUCCUUUUUAAUUAUUCAAGCAUGUGAGUUUCAUUUUGAGUGAAGUAGGCAUACUUGUUAUUUCUCCAUUUUUAUUUUGAGUGUCGUACUCAAGUGCGCGGAGUCAUUUUUCUUGUGGUACGUGAAGUUGUUCUUUUUUUUACAGCAGAAUUUCUUUUUUUUCUACAACAGUUUUGGGAUUCUGUAUUCGCUUAGCAUAAAGACUGGAGGGUUGGCUUUCUCUAAUGUUAUAUAUUUAACAUGAAUCUCAAGGCUUUUCACCGAACAUAGUUACGUCUUCCUAGAACUGAAAUAAUUAGUGGCUGGUAACAGAUGUUUUUCAAUCUGCUUCCAGUCUUUAUGCCAAGCUCAAAAACACCAAGUGUAUUGAUCCUGUUUUUUUGCCACAUGUCUAACUUUCCUUUAAGAUAUUCAUGAUUGAAAGUAAAUAUGAAAUGCCAAAGUCAUUGUUUUUAAAUUUUGAUAAUAAAAACGAGAAACUUAUUUUUA